AGCUCUUGGUCUCGUCUUCCCUGCUCUGAGUCUCCCUGCUCCUAGAGGCCCAGCCUCUGUGGCCCUGUGACCUGCAAGUAUUGGGAGAUCCACAGCUAAGACGCCAGGGUCCCCCUGGAAGCCUAGAAAUGGGACCGUUAACAUUUAUGGAUGUGGCCAUAGAAUUCUCUGUGGAGGAGUGGCAAUGCCUGGACACUGCACAGCAGAAUUUAUAUAGGAACGUGAUGUUAGAGAACUACAGAAACCUGGUCUUCCUAGGUAUUGCUGUCUCUAAGCCAGACCUGAUCACCUGUCUGGAGCAAGGCAAAGAACCCUGGAAUAUGGAGAGACAUGAGAUGGUGGCCAAACCCCCAGGUAUGUGUUGUUAUUUCGCCCAAGACCUUUGGCCAGAGCAGAGCAUAAAAGCUUCUUUCCAAAGAAUAAUACCAAGAAAAUAUGAAAAAUGUGGACAGCACAAUUUACAGUUAAAAAAAGGGUGUAAAAGUGUGGAUGAGUAUAAGGUGCACAAAGGAAGUUAUAAUGGAUUUAACCAGUGUUUGUCAACUACCCAGAGCAAAAUAUUUCAAUGUGAUAAAUAUGUGAGAGACUUUCAUAAAUUUUCAAAUUCAAAUAGACAUAAGACUGAAAAGAAUCCUUUCAAAUGUAAAGAAUGUGGCAAAUCAUUUUGUGUUCUUUCACACCUAACUCAACAUAAGAUAAUUCAUACUAGAGAGAAAUCCUACAAACGUGAAGAAUGUGGCAAAGCUUUUAACAUAUCCUCACACCUUACUAAACAUAAGAUAAUUCAUACUGGAGAGAAUGCCUACAAAUGUAAAGAAUGUGGCAAAGCUUUUAACCAGUCAUCAACCCUUACUAGACAUAAGAUAAUUCAUGCUGGAGAGAAGCCCUACGUAUGUGAACAUUGUGGCAGAGCUUUUAACCAAUCCUCGAACCUUACUAAACAUAAGAGAAUUCAUACUGGUGAUAAACCUUAUAAAUGUGAAGAAUGUGGCAAAGCCUUUAAUGUGUCCUCUACCCUUACUCAGCAUAAGAGAAUUCAUACUGGGGAGAAACCUUACAAAUGUGAAGAGUGUGGCAAAGCCUUUAACGUGUCCUCAACUCUUACUCAACAUAAGAGAAUUCAUACUGGAGAAAAACCAUACAAAUGUGAAGAAUGUGGCAAAGCCUUUAACACAUCCUCACACCUUACCACACAUAAGAGAAUUCAUACCGGAGAGAAACCCUACAAAUAGAAACCCUACAAAUGUGAAGAAUGUGGCAAAGCCUUUAACUGGUCCUCAACUCUCACUAAGCAUAAGGUAAUUCAUACUGGACAGAAACCCUACAAAUGUAAAAUACUUCAUACUAGAGCUAGAAACCUCUACAAGUGUGAAGAAUGUGGCAAAACAUUUAACCAAUGCUGA